AUGGCGGAUGAAGUCGCUGCUCAGCAGCAAAGGUCUGGCAAGCCAUGGAGCGGUACCAACAAAAUCCCAAACAUCAAGGAGUUCGUGAGCAACCUCGAUAGGGAGAAGGCCCAAAGAGACAAGGCUCUUGAGGCCGGUGACACUCCGUCUCAGGGAUAUUCUACGGAGGUGACACCACACCAGAAUGAAAAACCAAAGAAAGAAGGCAAGACGGUCACAGACCCAGUGACGGGGAACCAAGUGGUUAUCGCAGAUGUCGGCAAGCAAUACAUGACACGGGCUGAUAACCCAACGCUCUCCAUUCCCAACGCCAACCUGGGAAAGCCAACCCCCGUUCAAACAGAUCAUUCUCAGACAGGGGCAGAGUAUAAAGAGAAGCAAGACAUCACAGCUCCCCCAGACCCCAUCGCCGAGGGAAGCACGUCAGACGUGCCUAUCCAUGGUGAAAAGACCAACAUCUUAUUCCAUCCCACGCCGUCAGUCAGCUACGAGCCCAUGUUUGUCAUGCUCGAACAGCGUGCUGGUGGUCUUUGUAUCGCAAUCUUGAUUUCGGUCGUCAUCGUAGGCAAGAUGUUUGGUGGCGCUCUCAAAGGCUUGGUUCCACUUGGCAUGGUGCUCGCGUCUGGCGUCUGGCUCUGGAUGAAAGAGGUUGUUAGAAGCGGCCGUGAGGUUGAAUGGAGCUCUGAACAGGCGAGAGGCGAGACGGCAACUGCGAACCUCCUUCCAGAGUCGGUUGAAUGGAUGAACACCUUUUUGAGUAUCGUCUGGGGCUUGAUCAAUCCAGACAUGUUUGCAGCAGUGGCAGACACACUCGAAGAUGUCAUGCAGGCCUCCGUACCCGGGGUGAUCAACAAUGUCAGGGUGGCCGAGAUCGAUCAAGGAAGCAACCCCAUCCGGAUCCUGAGUCUGCGGGCAUUACCGGAUUCCAGAGUGGAAGAUCUCAAACAGAGCAUUCACGAGGAGAACAAGAAGACCAAAGAUCCACAAGAAGCAGCUGCUGAUGAAGAGGGUGGUGAUUAUUACAACCUCGAAGUUGCCUUUGCUUACCAUGCCAAACCCACCGGAGGAUCAGCCGCUGCGAGGGCGAGAAAUAUGCAUAUGAAUUUGGUCUUCUACCUUGGCAUCAAAGGUCUCAUUGGAGUGCCUCUCCCGAUUUGGGUAGAAUUGCAAGAGCUCGUUGGGACCAUUCGGUUGAGGCUGCAGAUGACUCCAGAACCACCAUUCGCCAAAAGCCUGACCUUCACCCUCAUGGGCGUUCCUCAUGUCCAGGCAGGAUGCAUUCCAAUGGUUAAGCGUGGGGUUAAUCUCCUCAACUUGCCAUUGAUUUCGAAUUUCGUCAAUUAUGCAGUGGCGGCCGCUGCCAGCCUUUAUGUCGCUCCGAAAUCGAUGCAGCUAGAUCUGAAAUCCAUGCUACAGGGCGAUGACAUUACAAAAGACACUCAAGCGAUUGGUGUCAUGUGGGUUCGCAUCCACCGUGCCGACGGCCUUAGCAAACAAGAUCGCCGUGGCAGCAAAUAUGGUGGAAGUGACCCCUAUAUCAACCUUUCCUUUUCCAAAUACGGGAAGCCCAUGUAUUGCACUCGUGUCAUCACCGAUGAUCUCUAUCCAGUCUGGGAAGAGACCGCUGCACUAUUGGUCACACCAGAACUGAUCAAGGCGGACGAACAACUCAGUGUAGAAUUGUGGGACUCGGACCGCAACUCCGCUGACGACAUGGUGGGUAAAGUCGAACUGUCCAUGCAAAAAAUGAUCAAGCAUCCAGGCAAGAUGUAUCCUCAAAUCUCCAAACUGGCCGGUGUCCAAGAGGGCAGUGAAAUGCCCGGUGAGCUUCAUUGGGAGGUUGGAUACUUUGGCAAGCCCAAGUUCCGUCCAGCACUCCGCACCGACGGGAAGAACAAGGCACUUCCGAAGGGACUUCAGGACGAUGAGCAGUUCCAAGACGAGAAGGGCACUCUGGACACUGCAGAUUCCGAUGCUGUUGCUCACACACCGCCUGAUCCGCUGUGGCCCAGUGGUAUUUGUAGUGUGAUCGUCCACCAGAUCGUCAAUUUGGAGCUCGAGAACAUCAAAGGCAGCAACGGAAAUCGGAAGGGCCGAGAGUUCGAACCCGCCAAAGCAUAUGGAGAGGCCACCGAGGAAGAAUCAAACAAACUGCCCACCUCUUACUGCACCAUCCUCUUCAACGACGGUCUGGUCUAUCGAACUCGUGCAAAGGCUGUUAGCAGCAAGCCGAUCUUUAAUGCUGGCACUGAACGGUUUAUGCGUGAUUGGAGGUCUGGUCUGGUCACCGUAACUGUGCGGGAUCAACGCAAUCGCGAGCAUGAUCCCGUCUUGGGUGUUGUCCCAUUACGGUUGUCGGAGAUACUCACUACCAGCUCGCAAGUCACCCGCUGGUACCCGCUUGAUGGAGGCAUCGGGUUCGGUCGGAUCAGAAUUUCCCUUCUGUUCCGAAGCAUUGAAACUCGACUUCCACCCAAUAUGCUCGGAUGGGACGUUGGCACGUUUGAAUUCCUGUCCGAUCAAAUUGUCACCAAGGGUUGGACUGAGAACACCAAGCUGAAACUUCGCACUGGUGGCAGCAGUGGGAAAAUCCCUCGAACACAGUGCCACAAGAGCGAGGACGGCGAGGGUGUCUAUUGGGACGUCUCCGCCGAGAAACACCAACAUAAGCGACUGCCGGUCAAGCAUCGUUACCGGUCUCCGGUCAUCUUCGAGUUUCAUGUCAGUGGGAAACGCGGGGCGGCUGCGUUCGCCUCGAUCUGGCUGCAAAACCUGAUUGACAACGAAGAAACUCCAUUUGACAUCCCAAUAUGGAAAACGAAGAACGGGGCGCGUCUGCUCCAGAACUACAUCACGGAGGAGAAUUACAAAGCUUUUACCGACAAAGGACUUGAUGAUUUGGAAGAGGUGGGACGGUUACAGUUCCGUGGUCGAUUCAAGGCUGGAAUGGAUGAAUCUCACCGUGAUUUCGUGGUGGACAAUGACACGCGGGAAACGUAUGAGACAUUCGAGGCAUGCUUGACUGAAGGGGUCCGAGCACGUGUGGUGGAAGCCGAAGUGCCUGAUGCGAUUCAGGAGUUGCACGACGCCUCAUUGACGGAAGGUCGUGAUGUGCUUCAUCACCAGGUGGACGAAAAAGAGAGGAAGAAGUGGCUCAGUAAAUCCGGGGAAGACUGGUCUGGGGCAUUCAGUCACGAUCCGCGGGCUUACACGAACAAGAAGUGGGAGAAGAUUGCAGAGCCCGGAAGGGAUGAGCCGCCGCACGAUCCUUACAACCCAUCAAGCGAUGAUGAUGAUGACGACGAUGCGGCGGUUAACACCAGCUCGGAAUCGGAUCUGGGCAUCACUGACGCUUCCAAUGCACCUGAAGGCGGAUUCCAGCGGCAGCGUCAGAGCGUCUCUUCGGGUGGACGACCCAGUGGGGAUACGUUGGACACGACAGAUACCCAUGACACAACCGCAACUGGAGAUUCAGGCAAUUCAGUGCAACCAGUGGCGGCCAAAGACGCAAAGUUCGACCGGAAGGCUGGCAAACGUGCUGAAGAACGCAAACACCGUGGUCUGUCCCAGUGGAUGCCUGCUCGCAAUGUCAAAUUCGCCCAGAGCCAGGCCAAGAUUGGUGUUUCUCGGAUCAAGAAGAGAUUUACUGGCAGCCUUGGUGGGCGAGAGCCUGGUGUUGAGACCGAGGCUGCGUGA